AUGAACGGGACCCCGCCCCCUCCGCCGCUGGACCGGGAGGAGCACGGGCUGAGACUCGGAGAGAGCUUUGAGAAGAAGCCUCGCUCCUCCUUCCACACAGUGCGAUAUGACUUCAAGCCAGCAUCUAUAGAUACUUCUUGUGAAGGGGAGCUUCAAGUCGGAAAAGGAGAUGAAGUAACAAUUACUUUGCCACACAUACCAGGCUCUACACCUCCCAUGACGGUGUUUAAAGGGAAUAAGCGCCCUUACCAGAAGGACUGCGUGCUUAUAAUUAAUCAUGACACUGGGGAAUAUGUCCUGGAAAAGCUAAGCAGCAGUAUACAAGUCAAGAAAACCAGGGUGGAGGGCAGCAGUAAAAUUCAAGCUCGGAUAGAGAAGCAAUCUGCUCGUUCUUCUCAGGGCACUUCUCAGUUCAAAACCCCAUCCAAGCUAACCGCUGGGCCUAAAAUGUCUCCCUUAAAAGAUCACCCUUCCCCGGAAACCCAGUUGGAUGAUAUUAAGAGAGAACUCCGAGCAGAAGUGGAGGUAAUUGAGCAAAUGAGUAGCAGCAGUGGCAGCAGCUCCUCGGAAUCUGGGAGCUCUUCAGGGAGUGAUGAUGACAGCUCUAGCAGUGGCGAAGAAGAUGACAGACAUACAUCCCCCAGUCAGCAGCCAUCCCAACAGCACAGCAGCAAGACACCUGUUUCCAAUGGUACUAGCAGACCUCAGGGAACUAAUCAACUAAUGAACACACUCCGAAAUGAUCUUCAGUUAAGUGAAUCUGGAAGUGACAGUGACGACUAAUGAACAAAAGCUUUGUGUUCAUUCAUAUAUUUCACAUCCCUUUUAAGACGUAAAAGGAUUAAUACCACAUAUUUGGAAAUUCAGUACUGGCCCUUUAAACGCAUGUCUAAUGAUCAUCUUCCAUUAACUUAAACAAUGAAAAUGAAAUAUGUAGGGAUCCCAUCACUAAUAUGUUAGUACCCAUGCAGGGAGACAAGUAACAUGCAGUUGUAUACUUGGAUGUUAACUGGUGCUGGGUGAAUCCUGCUUUAUUCUAGAGUAGGACACAGAGGCAAAUCUCUUGGUUGCAGGAGCCACUGAGAAGCGUUAUGUAGGAUUCUACUGGAGAAUAGAGAUAUUGUGGCAUAUGCCUCUUAUUUGGACAUUGAUCAGCAUACCCUGUCAAAAGCUGCAGUAGUUUGUUGGAAGCUAACAAAGCGUUAAUCCUAGGCAUUAUGAUUAUGUAAAUAAAUACACAUGUAGGAUAGCACUCAGAUGUUAUUUAAAACACCAGCAUUUUAUAAAUUAGC